CGCCCCCAUACAUACCUGCACCUGUGUCCUUCACUCACUGGUUCAAGAAGCGACACGCCGCUUACGACGAUAGGGGUACCUAUAUAUACCUACCUACCUCUAGGCUUACCUGUCUCACUAAGCCGUAAGAAUUGCCAGUAUCCUCUAAGGCUUAAAGGCCGUCCAUAUUGGCGCUGCUCAGUUCGUUAACUACAUAAUUCUUUGCAUAUACUACACUACGCAGUGUGAGGAUAGGUAACCCUAUCACGGUUACGGGCGACGUGCAUAAUUGCCUGGUACCUGAGGCAGGUAGCUACUCACUGCCCCACCUCACAUGGGGCAGGAGGAGGUUCCGUCAUCUUUUUGGCCCUCCCCCACCGCAAGCCCGGACCCAAGAACCCCCUACCCGUCCUGCCUGUCUUAUCGCGGGCCGACGAUAAACUCACCCAGCCUGUAUUGGCCCAAAUUCGUCAGAAGAGCUCUUUUGCCGCGCGCGAGACGACCGCCGAGAUCCCAUCCCAUCCUCGCAUCCGUGACAAACCGCAACGAAUACCCCCACGGCCUCGCACUCGACCGAAUUUUUCUUCUUCUUCGAAACGUCUUGCUGUCCCGAAAGAAGGAGGACACCGAUCACGACACGCGGCCUGCUUCUCUUAGCCCAGCGCCCUUCCCUCGAAUACCGCCCCCCGUAGAAUAUAUCGUUCGUCGUCCGCCGACAUGGCACAAGCGGUGAAGACGUCAGCCCCCGCCGGGCCCGCGGCCGAGUCGAGCGGGCCGUUCGUCUCGCAGUGGUCGUCGCGGUACCGCGGGGCGACGGUGCAGGACCUGGAGCCGCCGGCGGCGCUGACGCUGACGCCGACGGACGCGAUCUCGGUGGCGCUGCAGUCGGCGUUCGAGCGGGACUACACGCACCUGGCGGUGGUGGACGGGGCGGACCGGUCGGCGCUGCUGGGGUACGUGGCGAUCCCGGCGCUGCGGGCGGCGCUCGACGCCGGCGCCGUGCGGCCCGCCGACCCCGUCGCCCGCGCCAUGGCCCGCUUCCAGCGCCGCGGCCGCCCCUACCGCGUCAUCACCCCCGCCACCCCGCUCGAGGACCUCGAGGCCUUCUUCGACGGCCGCGACCCCGGCCGGGGCCCCCACGCCGAGCCCCGCGACUUCGCCAUCGUCACCGACGACGACCGCCGCUUCGUCCUCGGCGUCGCCACCCGCGCCGACCUCGAGGAGUUCGUCAAGAGGCGUCCCGCCUGAGUUAUACCCCCCCCCCUCCAACUCUCCCGGUGGGGUGCCGCGCGUGUGGCGGCAGGAGGAAGAGGAGCAGGAGGAGGAGGAACGGCGAGGAGGAGCCCACGGGGUGGGAUAGUGAAUGAGAAGGACGCGGCGCGGCGCAGGGGUGCGUGUGUGGGGUUCGCGUGGGAUCGAUGCCUGCACGACGACGCCGACGGCAGUAGACUGCUUAACAUACUUCAGCUGGGGCGAAUAGUGGUACGGCUUGGUCGCAGGCAGGCUAGGCGAUCAUGAUUACCCGAGUUCGAGAACGAGGGGGAGGAGGGGCGGAAAGGGGUUGCAGCGCUACGGAGGCCUUGGUGACAUUGAGACUUGAGACUGUAUUACGCUGGGGCCACGGGGGUCUUCAGCCCCUGGGACCCCUCAGAAUGGGGGCAUUCAACACCUCGAGCUAGGGCCGGGCGGGAAUCAGGGGGGGGGUGCAAGGUGAGGUCUCGUUCAACAGCAUAAUGGGCUCGAGCGAGA